AAGUCUUAGCUUACACGAUUUGCAUUUAUAAGAGAAGUAAAGGUUUACCACUCCAAUCAUACAUUGUGACUCGUCUUUAUUCAUUCUCAAGCAUAGUACUCAAUGAAGUUUAUUCUUACUCUGACGAGUUUCAUACUUUAUAUACUGUUUGUCUCUUCUCUUGUAGUUUCCAUAGCAGCAGACACAUCAUCCAUUUCACAAUCCCAAUCCCUCAGUUUUGGAAGAACCAUAGUUUCUCCAAAUGGAGUCUUUGAACUUGGAUUCUUCAAUCUUGGAAAUCCAAACAAAAGCUACCUCGGGAUUUGGUUCAAGAAUAUUCCGUCUCAAAACAUUGUUUGGGUUGCAAACGGUGGCAACCCAAUUAAUGAUUCCUUUGCCAUCUUGAGCCUAAACAGUUCUGGCCAUUUGGUCCUUACACACAACAACACUGUUGUUUGGUCCACAAGUUCUCUAAGAGAAACACAGAAUCCAGUGGCAAAGCUCUUGGAUUCUGGGAAUCUUGUGAUAAGGGAUGAAAAUGAAGUGAAUCAAGAGGCAUAUCUGUGGCAAAGUUUUGAUUAUCCUUCUAAUACAGGGUUAUCAGGAAUGAAGAUUGGAUGGUACCUCAAAAGAAAUCUCAGUAUUCACCUUACAGCUUGGAAGAGUGAUGAUGAUCCAACCCCGGGAGACUUCACUUGGGGUAUUGUUCUGCACCCUUAUCCUGAAAUCUAUUUGAUGAAGGGAACCAAAAAGUACUACAGAGUCGGACCAUGGAAUGGUUUGAGUUUCGGUAAUGGCAGUCCAGAACUUAACAAUUCAAUUUACUAUCACGAGUUUGUCUCUGACGAGGAAGAAGUUUCUUACACGUGGAACCUGAAGAAUGCAAGCUUUUUAUCCAAAGUGGUAGUUAACCAAACCACAGAAGAACGUCCUCGUUAUGUAUGGUCAGAGACAGAGUCAUGGAUGCUUUAUUCAACUAGGCCUGAAGACUAUUGUGACCAUUAUGGGGUUUGUGGAGCCAAUGCAUAUUGCAGCACUACUGCAUCACCAAUCUGUGAGUGUUUAAAAGGGUACACGCCUAAGUCUCCUGAAAAAUGGAAAUCAAUGGACAGGACCCAAGGAUGUGUCCUCAAACAUCCAUUGAGUUGCAAGUAUGAUGGUUUUGCCCAGGUUGAUGACUUGAAAGUGCCUGAUACUAAAAGAACACAUGUGGAUCAGACUCUUGAUAUAGAGCAAUGCAGAACCAAGUGCUUGAAUGAUUGUUCCUGUAUGGCAUAUACCAAUUCUAAUAUAAGUGGAGCUGGAAGUGGCUGUGUCAUGUGGUUUGGUGAUUUAUUAGACAUCAAAUUGUAUUCUGUUGCAGAAAGUGGGCGGCGUCUACAUAUAAGGUUGCCUCCUUCUGAAUUAGAAUCUAUCAAGAGCAAGAAGAGCUCCAAAAUAAUUAUUGGAACCUCCGUUGCUGCACCUUUAGGAGUUGUACUUGCUAUUUGUUUCAUCUACAGAAGGAACAUUGCCGAUAAGUCAAAGACAAAAAAGAGCAUUGACAGACAACUACAAGACGUGGAUGUGCCAUUGUUUGAUAUGCUAACAAUCACUGCUGCCACUGACAAUUUUUUAUUGAACAAUAAAAUUGGAGAAGGUGGCUUUGGACCUGUUUAUAAGGGAAAAUUAGUGGGUGGGCAAGAAAUUGCUGUGAAGAGGCUUUCAAGUUUGUCUGGACAAGGAAUAACCGAAUUCAUAACAGAAGUAAAACUGAUUGCAAAGCUUCAACACAGAAAUCUUGUAAAGCUCCUUGGCUGUUGCAUAAAAGGACAAGAAAAAUUACUAGUAUAUGAAUACGUGGUUAAUGGCAGCCUAAACUCCUUCAUAUUUGAUCAAAUAAAAAGUAAAUUAUUGGAUUGGCCACGACGCUUCAACAUAAUACUUGGAAUUGCAAGGGGGCUAUUGUAUCUUCAUCAAGAUUCUCGAUUAAGGAUUAUUCAUAGAGAUCUCAAAGCAAGUAAUGUUCUACUAGAUGAAAAGUUAAAUCCAAAAAUAUCAGAUUUUGGAAUGGCAAGAGCUUUUGGAGGAGACCAAACUGAAGGAAACACAAAUAGAGUAGUUGGGACUUAUGGAUACAUGGCCCCGGAGUAUGCAUUUGAUGGGAAUUUUUCAAUCAAGUCUGAUGUUUUCAGCUUUGGUAUAUUGUUGUUGGAGAUUGUAUGUGGAAUAAAAAAUAAAUCUCUUUGUCACGAAAACCUAACUCUUAACCUUGUUGGUUACGCAUGGGCACUUUGGAAAGAGCAAAAUGCUUUACAGCUGAUUGACUCAGGCAUAAAGGACUCAUGUGUUAUCCCAGAAGUACUGCGAUGCAUCCAUGUUAGUCUCUUGUGUGUGCAACAAUACCCGGAGGAUAGGCCAACCAUGACUUCAGUAAUUCAAAUGUUAGGGAGUGAAAUGGAUAUGGUUGAGCCAAAAGAGCCUGGUUUCUUUCCAAGGAGGAUUUUGAAAGAAGGAAAUCUAAAGGAAAUGACUUCAAAUGAUGAAUUAACCAUUAGCUUAUUUAGUGGUCGGUGAAAAUGUAGAAAAUAUCUUUAAUGGCAUUAUUAGGAUAUAUAUAUAUAUAUAUAUAUAUAUAUAUUUCGUUGAGGGUGAAAAACGAGUUUUGCCUAAUGGGAUGUUCUGUUUAACCCACUCUUUUUGGCAAGGAGGAUCGGGAUUUUCAACCCACCGACCUAUUUUGGCUAACCAAAAAACGAGCUCAUGAUAGGUUGAGGCAAGCCAAAAAUUUUUUAUUUUUUAAAUUAUAUUAAAAAAAAUAGUGUUCUGUUUUAUAUUUUUUGUAUUAUUUUGAUAUGGAAGUAGUGUUUUAUUUAA